AUGAGUAUGAUUAGUGAUUCAAUGGUCCCGGUUCACUCCGGUUUAGAGAACUUGAGCUCUCCGGUUGUCUCUAAGAUUUGUGCAUGGGGAGUAAUGUUGGGGCUCCUUGCGGUUUCAUUGAUCGCCAUGGCUUAUGCUUGCUAUUACACGCAAAACGUUUCGACUACAAGUACUGGAGAGCAAAGAAGGACGGAAGUGAUGAAGCCACUAGACAUGGAACCGAAGAUUGUUGUCAUAAUGGCCGGUAAUGAAAACCCUACCUUCUUUGCCAAGCCAAGCAAGAUCCAUGCAUGA